AUGCACGGAUUUCUAGGGUUUGUGGGUGCCAUGGUUUUGAAAGCGGUCGACGAAUUGAGUGAUGAUGGCGGCCAUGCCCCAAAUACUACGUCAAGUGUGCCUAGCCCAGUGCCAAAGAAACCUGCUGGUAAGGCCAAACCGAAAGCCAAACCAGAGACAAAAAAAAAGGGUUUGAAACGCCCAGCUAGCUCUGUUGAAGCCACCCCUGAUGGAGAAGGAGAGCCCGCAGGAACUGAUACCAAGGUCCCAGACCCCAAGCGCAAGCCAUCACUGAGAAAACCGGCCUCAGAGGGAACGGGAACCGGGAAGGAAAAGCCCUUGACAAUCCGCAAGAACUACUACAAGAAGGAUGACCGCUAUGGGUUUGUGGUCGGGCAGCGUGAAGUGGCCAUUCGAGAUGAGCUGCGGCGAUCCAAGGGCGAUGACAGCAUGAUCCAGGCGGCCAUCGAGAAGCUCCCUAAGGCUUCAGGAGAAGAAGCAGGCGAAGCCGGCGAAGCCGGCGAAGAUGAGGCGAUGGAUUUGUUAGAAGGGGAAGAAGAAGAAAAUGAAGUGGAUGAUGUGGAGGAAGGAAUGCAAUGGGCUGAUGGCAUUUUGCCAGAACACCUCUACAUGUUUGCCUGCAUUCCUGAGAGUACCGCUGUCGAAGUCAACUUGGCCGACCCUUCCAUUGAAUGGAACCCAGUAGAAGACGCUGAUGACAGCAUCAAAGCCUUGAUGCGUUGGCUCUAUGACUAUCAUGUUUUGUUUUUGGGUGACAAAACUGUUUGUUGCUACGAGCAGAAUGUGUUUUUUGUUUCGAGCGCGUGUUUCGAAGCCUGCCCUGGGCACACCUGGGGUGCUCAACUUGAUGUUUUUGAUGUUUGGAAGCAGCAAAAGGCUGUGUUUCUUUUCUGCUUGAGCUAG